AUGUCUAGAGUUGCCGUUUCCGCCCAGGAAUUCCCACCCUCCCGCGAUGGACACGAUCUCCUCCUACUCAUCAACGGCCUCUAUGUCUUCUCCGCACGCCCUCUCGACGGGUUCCCCCCGGGACAAAUCAGCAUGUCUGAUCCUCAGCGGACCUGGGCUGGUGUCGCUUUCACGGAUACCGUUUCGGUGCAAAUCUACGAUCCCUUCAGUCAGGGCGGACAGGCCUACGUCGGUUCUACAGAUAUUGAGGUUGGGUUUGCUGGGAAGAAGCGAGUGGAGACUCCAUAUGAUCAAGAUGAGCUGGCAAGCGUGGUGAUCAAGAACUUCGAAAACCAAAUUUUCGCCCCCGGCCAAAAGAUUUUGAUGGAUCAUCGAAGCAUCCCACUCCUGUUGACCGUCAAGACCGUUCAGAGGGUCGAUCUGUCCUCUGAGACUGCCAGCGGUGGCAGUGUCGAGACGGACCCUACGGCGCGGGGUAUUCUCACCAGGCACUCUCAGAUUACGUUCUUCAAGGACGCUAGUACUGGUAUCAACAUGAAGCCUUCGAACCGCCGACCAGCGGCGAACUCCAUCAUCCAACCUGACUUCAAGUUCGAGAACAUGGGCAUUGGUGGUCUUGAUUCCGAGUUCAGCACCAUCUUCCGUCGUGCGUUCGCGUCCCGUAUCUUCCCUCCGGGGCUGGUGGAGAAAUUGGGACUUCAGCACGUUAAGGGUAUCCUGCUUUAUGGCCCUCCAGGAACGGGUAAAACAUUGAUUGCUCGUCAGAUCGGAAAGAUGCUGAAUGCCAGGGAGCCUAAGGUCAUCAACGGACCGGAAGUACUUAACAAGUACGUUGGUCAGUCUGAAGAGAACAUUCGUAAGAUGUUCGCAGACGCCGAAAAGGAAUACAAAGAAAAGGGAGAUGAAAGUGGUCUUCACAUCAUCAUCUUUGAUGAACUGGACGCCGUCUGCAAGCAGCGUGGCAGUGGAGCCGGAGGUGGUACAGGUGUUGGUGAUAGUGUGGUGAACCAGCUGCUCUCGAAGCUGGAUGGUGUGGAUCAGCUCAACAACAUUCUGCUUAUCGGAAUGACCAACAGAAAGGACAUGAUUGAUGAGGCACUGUUGCGUCCUGGUCGUCUCGAAGUUCAUAUGGAGAUCUCCCUUCCUGACGAGAAAGGCCGAGCCCAGAUUCUUAAGAUUCACACCCAAAAGAUGCGGGAUAACGACGUCAUGGACGACGAUGUGGACUUGGCUGAGCUGGCCCUGAUGACCAAGAACUUUUCUGGUGCUGAAAUAUCUGGACUUGUGAAGUCCGCAUCUUCUUUUGCAUUCUCCCGGCAUAUAAAGGCGGGUACGACGGCCAGUAUCAGCGACGAUGUGGUGAACAUGAAGGUCAACCGGUCCGACUUCCACCAUGCGUUGGAAGAGGUCACACCCGCGUUUGGUGUCUCCGAAGAAGAGCUCUCUAGUCGCAUUCAACAUGGUAUCACCCACUUCUCCCCCGUUAUCAAUGAAAUUCUUAAGGAGGGUGGCCUGUUCGUCAAGCAAGUUGGCGAGGAUGAAUCGUCGCCCUUGUUUUCGGUCUUGCUACAUGGGCCCACUGCAAGUGGCAAGACGGCUCUCGCAGCUCGAAUUGCUAUUGACUCUGGAUUCCCUUUUAUCAAGUUGAUCAGUCCCGAGGACAUGGGCGGCUUCAGCGAGACGGCAAAGGUUCAGCGCAUCAUCAAAGUCUUCGACGAUGCUUAUAAGAGUCGCACAAGUGUUGUCGUCAUCGACAACCUUGAGAAACUCAUCGAGUGGGUUCCUGUCGGCCCUCGCUUCAGCAACACAAUCUUGCAGACUCUGCAGGCCGUGUUGAGGAAGCAUCCCAACAAGGGUCGCCGGCUCUUGAUUAUAGCAACCACGACGCAGAGAUUUGUGAUGAAGCAGCUUGAUUUGUUCAGCUCCUUUGAUGCCGAUAUCAUGGUUCCAAACGUUAUGACAUACGAUGAGCUAAAGCACAUCUUGCAGAGUUCCGGCGCAUUUGACGAGCAGGAAAUCGGGCAGGCCCUUGCAGGAAUUGGCAGUAUUUCCGAUGACGGAACCAUUGGGGUGGGUGUGAAGAAGAUCUUCAGUGGUAUUCAGACGGCAAAGAAAGAUGUGGAUAAGGUUGGUCGCUUCGUGCAGGUUAUCAACAACGCUAUUGAGGCAGAGCGUUCUGGUGCUUAG